GGACUGACCCAAGCCAACCCUGUCCAGGAAGACCGUUAUCGGACGAAACAAAGCAAUAAAGAAGUGAAUUACGUCGACAUCUCACAUGACGAACUGAGCCCACACGUGCCCGGAGGAGUCAGCAGAUUUCGGUGAAUAAGACAUCCAACAUGUGAUCCCGCCGGUCUUGCUGGUCGUGCUAACUUCGUCCUGUGCUGGUGGUGUAAACAGGAUACUCAACCGCAUACAAGCGAAGUCGUUAGCUACGAUGUCUGCAUUACGAUGAACAUGAUUUCUGAUGUAGAAGGGGACAAAAUAGGAAACUCGUUUAGGAGAGAGGAAAACGAGGUUUACGGCGGAACUGACAGACUGACGCCAAGUGUAUUUCAGGCUAAUAAAACGCGCCUAAUUGCACGGCCAUAA